AUGGGGAUCCGUCUUCCUCUGCUCCUCCUCGUCUGCUUGCUUGCUGUCGUACCUGGAGUCUUGCCACUUUGCACGGAUUCGAGGGCGCCCGUGGUGCCGAAUGCCACGCUCAAGUUCUGCCAGACCGACGGCGGCAGCUGCUGCGACGCCGACGCCGACGCCGCGCUGCAGGAGCAGUUCGAGGCUAUGGGAGUGAAGCCGGGCGGCGCAUGCGGCCGCCUCGUCAAGUCCAUCCUCUGUUCGAAAUGCAAUCCGUUCUCUGCUGAUCUGUUUGGCAUUGGGUCUACCGCACGUACAGUUCCUCUCUUGUGCAGCUCUUCCUUUGGACCAAAUUAUUCUCAACCUGUGGACACUGAAGGGGAGUACUGUGAGCAAGUUUGGAAAGAUUGUAAAAGCACAGCAAUAUCCAACUCCCCUUUUCAGCCAAGAAAUGCCGUGCUUACUGGUUCAGCUUCCAUGCUUACUGAUUUUUGGCACUCAGAAAAUGACUUUUGUGCGUCACAUUCCGGUACACCACACAACCAGUCAGUAUGCUUCAAUGGGCAUGGGGUCUCGUUUAAUGCUAGGACUAGGAAGGACUCUUCACCAUCUCCUACUCCUACUGCUGGGGUUUGCCUUGAGAAGAUUGGUAAUGGAUCCUACCUUAACAUGGUUGCUCACCCUGAUGGGUCCAGCAAAGCCUUCUUCUCCAGACAAGAUGGGAAGAUAUGGUUGGCUACUGUUCCUGAACAAGGAAUGCAAGACGGUCUGGAAAUUGACGAGAUGAGCCCAUUUCUUGACCUCGCAACUGAAGGUCACCUCAGUUCGGACCUAGGACUCGUGGGUGUUGCGUUUCAUCCAGAUUUUGCAAACAAUGGGCGUUUCUUUGUUUCAUAUAUUUGUGAUGGAGCUCAGUCACCCAACUGCGCUGGUAGGUGUUCGUGCGAUCAUGAAGUGGAGUGCGAUCCCUCGAAGCUUGGCUCUGAUAAAAAUGGUGUUCACCCUUGCCAGUACCAUCUAGUUAUCUCAGAGUAUUCUGCUGAAGGUUCACCAUCAAGAUUUUCUGAGGCAACAUAUGCUGAUCCAUCAGAAGUCAGAAGGGUAUUUUCAAUGGGGCUUCCAUAUGUUUCUAACCAUGCUGGUCAGCUCCUUUUUGGACCUACCGAUGGAUACCUAUACUUUUUCACUGGAAAUGGCGGGAUAAGAGGCGACCCUUUCAACUUCUCCCAGAAUAAGAAGUCACUCUUGGGAAAAAUCAUGAGGCUCAACAUUGAUGAACUUCCAGAGCUGAAUGAAGUUGCUAACCUAAGCUUAUGGGGUAAUUAUACAAUACCAAAGGACAACCCCAAUGCUGAUGAUAGCACCUUACGACCCGAGAUUUGGGCCCUGGGUCUUGAAAACCCAUGGAGAUGCAGCUUCGACUCUGGGAGGCCUUUCCACUUGUAUUGUGCAGAUGAUGUCCAGGACGAGUACAAAGUGAUAGAUUUGAUAUCCAAGGGGGGCAACUAUGGGUGGGUCGGUGUGUAUGAGGACCAGCAUGUUGGCUAUCCACCGUGGGCGGCUCAAGUAACCAAACCUACACAAGGCAUCAUUUUCCCCAUAAUGGGAUAUAAGGUUUCUUCUUCUACCCCCGAGAACAUGGAAUCUGCAUCAAUAGUUGGUGGGUAUGUGUACCGUGGGACUGCCGAUCCUUGCUUGUAUGGAAGGUACUUGUUUGCUGACAUGUACAUGGAUGCCUUGUGGACUGGCACUGAUGGCAUCAGUAAAUAUACCUCUACUUCCAUCCCGCUGCGCUGUUCUGAGAAGUCGCCGAUUCCCUGCGAUGAGUCUGCCAAUGGUCUUCUUGGCCUCAUAUUUUCGUUUGGCGAGGAUAACAAGCUAGACGUCUUCAUCCUGGCCAGCCAAGGGGUCUACCGUAUUGUCCAGCCUACUCUCUGCGGCUAUGCUCAUCUAAAUUCUGCAUCGACGGAUGGAGUGACACCUUCUGGUGGCAGCAAUGGGAUGUCAGUAUCGAUGAAAGCGCUGGUGGCUGCUGUGGUGUCGAUUUUGGUGGCAGCUGUGGCCGGCGUGGCCGGCGUGGUAGCUUGGCGGUGUUACUUCAACAACACAGCCUUCUGCUGCAAUGGGAAUGUCCAGGUGACCAAUAACAAUACAAUACACGGAGACGGUAAUUCAGCCAAACCAGGUGACAUUGAAUUGGCUAUGCCUAAGCCUGAAGAGUGUCGUGGUCGCUAGAUAGCUACCCUGUUUAUGGUAUCGAUCCAGUUCUGUUGUGUACCAGUGUAUGGUAUUAGCUACCGUGUUCUUUCGUUGAACCACGCACUUUGUUCAUAUUUUCAUUGUGGCAUAUUUUUUUCCCUUUUGCAUUUAUUUGUUAGAAACAUUUGAAGAGCUGUGCAACUAUAUUUGGAAUCUGAAAAAAGAACUGAAUUUGUAUCA